UCAGCUGGUGAAACCACAUGACCCGAGCCUGGGGCCGGAAGCUACCUAUCCGGUAGACGGCUCCCCCGGCACCUUCGACAGCGAUGACUUCCGCACUGACCCAGGGGCUGGAGAGAAUCCCAGACCAGCUUGGCUACCUGGUGCUGAGCGAAGGUGCAGUGCUGGCGUCAUCUGGGGACCUUGAGAACGAUGAGCAGGCAGCCAGUACCAUCUCAGAGUUGGUCAGCACAGCCUGUGGCUUCCGGCUGCACCAUGGCACGAAUGUCCCUUUCAAGCGCCUGUCUGUGGUCUUUGGUGAACACACGCUGCUGGUGACUGUGUCCGGACAGAGGGUGUUUGUGGUGAAGAGGCAGAACCGAGGCCGGGAACCUAUUGAUGUCUGAGCUGCUGAAGGCUCUGGCUGGAGAAGUGGACUGUUGCUAGGCCCUGUGAUGGGGACCUGUCCCCUACCUUUCUCGCUGCUGGAACUGGGCCUGUCCUUGCCACCUCCUCACCCCGACUCAAGGCACAAAGGCUUAGUGAUAUCUAUGUUAAGGGAAACUAUGGCAAGAGGGUCCCCUCCUUUCUGCCCUUCUGCAUAAUAAACAGCAGUCCCACCCUU